AUGUCAAAAAAUAACGCUUCUCAAACAAAGUAUGAUGUUUUUGUUAGCUUCAGGGGCGUUGACAUCCGUCGUGGGUUUCUAAGCCAUUUGAUUGGCACUUUUAAAAGUAAGCAAAUAAAUGCCUUUGUAGAUGAUAAGCUUGAGAGGGGUGAAGAAAUAUGGCCAUCACUUAUUGAAGCAAUUCAAGGAUCAUCCAUUUCGUUGAUCAUAUUCUCACCAGACUAUGCUUCUUCGCGUUGGUGUUUAGAAGAACUUGUGACAAUACUUGAAUGCAAAGAGAAGGAUGAUGAUGAGCUACUUAAAGAAAUUGUCAAACUUGUGCUGAAAAGGUUGGGUAAACACCUGGUUAACUCAAAGGGACUUGUUGGAAUUGACAAAAAAAUUGCAGAUAUAGAAUCAUUGAUACGCAAAGAGUCAAAAGAUACUCGUCUUAUUGGAAUUUGGGGUAUGGGCGGUAUCGGAAAGACAACCCUCCCACAAGAAGUAUUUAACAAACUACAGUCUGAAUAUCAAGGUUCUUAUUUUUUAGCCAAUGAAAGAGAACAAUCAAGCAAAGAUGGAAUAAUUUCUUUGAAGAAAGAAAUUUUUACUGAACUAUUAGGACAUGUUGUGAAAAUUGACACUCCAAAUUCAUUGCCCAAUGAUACCAUUCGUCGUAUGAAGGUUCUUAUUGUUCUUGAUGAUGUGAAUGAUUCAGAUCACCUAGAAAAAUUACUGGGAACUCUUGAUCAUUUUGGAGCAGGUAGUAGAAUACUUAUAACAACUAGAGAUGAGCAAGUGCUUAAUGCUAACAAAGCUGAUGAGAUAUACCGUCUUAGAGAAUUCAAUUUUGAUAAAGCAUUUGAACUUUUCAAAUUGAAUGCCUUUAACCAAAGUGAUAAUCAAAGUGAGUAUGAUGAGUUAUCACAAAGGGUGGUCAAUUAUGCCAAAGGCAUUCCAUUAGUUCUUAAAGUUUUGGCUCGUCUUCUUCGUGGAAAAAAUAAGGAAGUAUGGGAAAGUGAGCUUGACAAGCUUGAAAAAAUGCCUCUUCGAGAAGUUUGUGACAUAAUGAAACUGAGUUAUGUUGAUCUGGAUCGCAAAGAACAACAGAUUUUUCUAGAUCUUGCAUGUUUCUUUCUUAGAUCACAAACAAAGAUAACGAUAGACUAUCUAAAUUCUCUGUUGAAAGAUAGUGAAAGUGACAAUUCAGUGGUUGUUGGGUUAGAAAGGCUGAAAGAUAAAGCACUUAUAACUUUCUUGGAGAAUAAUUUUAUAUCUAUACAUGAUAGUUUACAAGAAAUGGCUUGUGAGAUUGUUCGUCAAGAGUCUACUGGAGACCCUGGAAGUCGUAGUCGCUUGUGGGAUCUCGAUGACAUAUAUGAAGCAUUGAAAAAUUACAAGGGUAAUGAGGCCAUUAGAAGCAUACUACUUCACUUGCCAACAACUAAGAAGGAAAAUUUAAGCCCUCGCUUAUUUGCUAAGAUGAACAGACUACGAUUUCUGGAAGUUUCUGUAGAAGAUAAUUAUGACUGCUUUGAUAUUCUUGCUAAAGGGCUUAAAUUUUUGGCAACUGAACUUAGAUUUCUUAGUUGGAAGAGUUACUCUGGAAAAUCCUUACCAGAGAUUUUUUCUACUGAAAAACUUGUGAUAUUGAAAUUACCAUACAGUGGAAUGGAAAAACUUUGGCUUGGAGUGAAGAAUCUAGUGAAUUUGAAAGAACUUGACCUCAGGUGCUCCAAGAAGUUAAAGGAACUACCAGAUAUAUCAAAAGCCACAAAUCUUGAAGUAAUACUUCUCCGGGGUUGUUCUAUGUUGACUAAUGUGCAUCCAUCUAUUUUCUCCCUGCCCAAACUUGAAAGAUUGAACCUUUCUGAUUGCGAGUCCCUUAACAUACUAACAAGCAAUUCCCAUUUACGCAGCCUCAGUUAUCUCGACCUUGAUUUUUGCAAGAAUCUUAAGAAAUUCUCAGUAGUAUCAAAGAAUAUGAAAGAACUGAGAUUAGGAUGCACAAAGGUGAAAGCACUUCCCUCAUCAUUUGGGCAUCAAAGCAAGCUUAAAUUGCUACAUCUUAAAGGAAGUGCCAUUAAGAGGUUACCUUCAUCCUUCAAUAAUCUUACACAACUGCUACAUCUGGAGCUAAGCAAUUGCAGCAAGCUUGAAACAAUAGAAGAGCUUCCCCCAUUCCUCGAAACUCUAAAUGCCCAAUAUUGCACUUGUCUUCAAACUCUUCCAGAGCUUCCCAAAUUGCUUAAAACUUUAAAUGUCAAAGAAUGCAAAUCGCUUCAGAGUCUACCAGAGCUUUCCCCGUCGCUAGAAAUUCUAAAUGCAAGAGACUGCGAAUCAUUGAUGACUGUAUUGUUUCCUUCAACGGCGGUUGAACAAUUAAAGGAAAAUAGGAAACAGGUUAUGUUCUGGAAUUGCUUGAACUUGGAUGAACAUUCUCUAGUGGCUAUUGGGUUGAAUGCACAAAUCAACAUGAUGAAAUUCGCAAACCACCACCUAUCUACACCAAAUCGUGAGCAUGUUGAAAAUUACAAUGAUUCUUUUCAAGUUGUUUACAUGUAUCCAGGAAGCAGUGUUCCAGGGUGGUUGGAGUACAAGACAAGAAAUUAUCAUAUAACUAUUGAUCUCUCUUCUGCUCCACCUUCCCCGCAGAGGAGCUUCGUCUUCUGCUUCGUCCUUGGUGAGUUCCAACGGACAGACAUAAUUAGAACACUUGAAUUUAGCAUCACUAUGAAUGAGGGUGAAGGUAAAGAGGACAGUGUCAGCAUGUACAUAGAUUAUUUGGGUUGGUCAUCAAUUGAAUCAGAUCACGUGUGUGUGAUGUACGACCAAAGAUGUUCUGAAUUCCUCUGGUGUCAGCCCCAUAAGGACCUUGGCAUAUAACAAUUUCAUUCAACAAAUGCAUGGAAUUUCGUGACUCAAUGUAUCACAUUCAUCAAACAAAUGGAAUCAGGUUGUGCUUCAUAUUAAGAUGAAAUCUUAGAUUAAGGCUGUGUUUGGCAGCCGAAGUUUUUUUAUUAAUUUA